AUGGAGAACAAAACAUCAGGACUGAGUGAGGACCUCCAUGUGAAGUGCAACAUGUCUGGAAGACACAGCUUCAUCUUCACCUUCAUCCCUGUUGCCUACGUAUGCAUUUUCAUAAUCGGUAUCAUUGGCAAUAGCAUGGUGGUGGCUGUCAUCUACCGCUACAUGAAGCUGAAGUCAGUACCAAACGUGUUUGUGCUCAAUCUAGCUAUAUCAGACCUCACCUUCCUUAUCACACUGCCUUUGUGGGCCAGUUUCACAGCUAUGAGUUACCAUUGGCCAUUUGGCACCUUUCUGUGCAAGGCAAGUGCAGGAUUGGUCAUCUUCAACCUCUACACUAGCAUAUUCUUCCUCACCGCUCUUAGUAUUGACCGAUAUCUUGCGAUCGUACAUCCGUUGAGUUCCAGAUGCCAGCGCACGCUUUUCUAUGCUAACCUCACAUGUGUACUUAUAUGGCUGUUUGCCUUGCUCCUCAGUGCUCCUACAGCGCUAAGCCGGGAUGUGUACGACAUUGGGAACUCUACAUUGUGCGCUAUGUUGCACCACGGUGAGCAGAUUAACCUUCUUGUUACCCUUAGCGUGCUAAAAAGUGUGCUAGGUUUCCUUGUGCCUUUCCUCGUCAUCAUCACCUGCUAUUGCCUGAUCGGUCGGGCACUUCUGGUUUCCAAGGGUCUGUUGAGGAAAAGCGUUCGCUCUCGGGAAGAUGAAACUCUGCGUCUGAUAGCCGCUACUGUGCUAGCUUUCUUUGUUUGCUGGGCUCCUCACCAAGCUUUCCACUUCAUGCAUCUGCUGGCCAUGCUCGGCGUAGUGGAAAACUGCCAAACACUGGAUGUUAUUGACACAGCCAUACCAGUUACCAUCUGCAUCUCCUAUUUAAACAGUUGUGUAAACCCCAUUGUUUAUGGCUUUGUUGGACACAACUUUCGCAAGAACCUACUGAGGUUACUUGGAUGUGGGUCUGGACUAACUUUAGCAUCAGUUCAAAGAUGA